GGGCGUGCUUACGUCAAUAGAAGAUAAAGGACGUAAUGACGUUGUUGAAGAAGUAAGAAGAAGAAGGAGAGAGAGAGAAGGGAGAGAGACACCAGCCUGCUUGUUUUCUCUAUCGAUGGAUGAGAAACAAUAACUGUGUUUGCCACUGAAAUCCAUGUAUGGAAGUUGGAAGUAAUCCGGUGGAGUUCACUUUGUUGCUGACCUGUAGAAGGAAACAGGUAUUUGUGUGUGGACGACCACGGUUCGGAUGCUUUUCGGGGUGAGGAAGUCACUACCGAGUAAACACUGAAGUGUCGUUUGGGUUCCAUCAUGGAACAUUUGGAUUUCGUAUGUACUCUCUCUAUGUUUUUCUACAUCUACAUCUUAUCUUCAGACAACGGUGGUUGUUGAAGAAGCCCUUGCUCAUGUUUCACCUUAUGGCUUGCGGAACUGAACUUUAAGAACCAUUCAGGAACUGGGAGUUUUGGACUUUGUCACACACACACACACGAAGAGUUUAGUUUUGGGGUUAACGUUCGAGGUUUAACAUUCUUGAAUUCUAACAUACUAACAUUUUUUUUUACUUUUAUUUUACGUAUUACCAUAAGUAGUGAUUAAUAAAAUAGUUUUUAACACUGAAUCAUGCUCAGUGUGUUUCUUUUGUUGCUGGUUCGUGACAAAAUUGGGGGCUCGUCCGGGAUAGUUCCCAAGGUUAACGAGUGUCGUCUGGGAUCGUUUCCCAGAUUGACAAGAUUUGUUCGGGGUUCAAUCCAAAGAUUUUUGAGGGAGGUCUGAUAAAUUCUUUUUAAUUGGCUUGUGUGUGUGGAAACCAGCAGCAAUGGAUAUUAAGGCAUUUUUGGAGUCACCAACCCAGAAGGGAUUGGAGGUGGCGAAAAAGGAUGAUUUGAUAAAGAUUGCUACAAGGCUAAACCUUACAGAAGUAAAGCAGUCUAUGAGAAAGGCAGAUAUUCAGAGACUGAUAGCUGGCCAUUAUGUGGAAAAGAAGGUGUUUGAGAAGGAAGUGUUAAAACAGUUUCCUGGCAGUGAAAUAGCAAUUUCUGAGGCACAGGUGCAGCUGGCAAAGAUAGAAGCUGAACGAGAACAAACCCAGUUAAAGAUAGAAGCUGAACGAGAGCAAAAGAGAUUAGAAGCUGAACGAGAACAAAAGAGAUUAGAGGCCGAACAAGAACAGACCCAGUUAAAGAUAGAGGCCGAACAAAAGCUAACUCAGAUGAAGAUAGAGGCUGAUCUAGCAAUGAAGCAGAUGGAAUUGAAGAGGAUGGAGCUGGAUAGUGAGGAGAAGGAGAAACAGAGGCAGCAUGAGUUACAAAUGAAGCAAGAGAGAGUUUGGAAUCUGAUUCUGAUGAUGGUUUUUCAGCCAGCAGGGAGGUUCGAUUAGUCCCUCCGUUUGAAGAAGAUCAGGUUGAUCAGUAUUUCCAACAUUUUGAAAAGGUUGCUGUGAGUUCAAACUGGCCAAGGAAAGGAUGGACUCUUAUGGUACAGAGUGUGAUUAAAGGUAAAGCUCAAAAAGCUUAUUCUGCUUUGUCUGUUGAGGAUGCAGCUGAUUAUACCAAGGUAAAACAAGCUAUUUUGAAGGCCUAUGAAUUGGUCCCUGAGGCUUAUAGACAAAAAUUCAGAGACUUGAGGAAAUCUGCAGAUCAGACUUAUAUGGAAUUUGCCAAU